AUGUCUUCUCUCUCCCGUCGCGCCUGCUACAAGUGUGGCAAUGUUGGCCACUACGCUGAGGUCUGCUCUUCUGCCGAGCGUCUUUGCUACAACUGCAAGCAGCCUGGCCAUGAAUCUAACGGCUGCCCCCUGCCCCGCACUACCGAGGCCAAGCAGUGCUACCACUGCCAGGGCCUGGGCCACGUUCAGGCUGACUGCCCUACUCUGCGCUUGAGCGGCGCUGGCACUAGUGGCCGUUGCUAUAACUGCGGCCAACCUGGCCACCUUGCUCGCGCUUGUCCCAACCCUGCCGGCGUCGGUAUUGGCCGCGGAGCCCCGGUCCCCCGUGGCGGAUACGGUGGUUACGGCCGCGGCGGCUUUGCUGGUGGUCCCCGCCCCGCUACCUGUUAUAAGUGCGGCGGCCCCAACCACUUCGCAAGAGACUGCCAGGCUCAAGCCAUGAAGUGCUACGCUUGCGGCAAGCUCGGCCACAUCUCUCGUGAUUGCACUGCUCCUAACGGUGGCCCUCUCAACACUGCUGGCAAGACCUGCUACCAGUGCGGUGAAGCUGGCCACAUUUCCCGCGAUUGCCCCCAGAAGAACGCGACUGGCGAAAUUCCCAACGACGUUGACAUCACCGCUACUACCGGCAUUGCCGCGCCCGCCGUUGCGCCCAUCGCUCCGGUCGCUUAA